UUAGACCAGUGUCGGCACCUAAUAAACUGACUCUCAUUUCCAAACAAACAAUGUGGUUGCAAUGGCGGUGUUUGCACUCACUCCCAUCACAUUCACUCACUGCAGGGGCCAAAUUUCCCAUUUCGAAACUCAAAAGUAUCUGUUUAAUGGGCCUCGCUUUCAGAGUUCAGCAAGGAGGAAAUUGAAUUCUCUAGCUACUGAUUUGCCUCCUCCUCCGCUGCAGCUUCCCAUUUCAUCAUCUAAGGAGUUGAUUGAGUGCUUGUUGAAUCGAAAGGACUUGAAUGAAGCAGAAGCUGAGGCGUCGCUUGAUUUCUUUCUAAAAGAUGGCAGUGAAGCUCUUAUUAGCGCAUUCCUUGUUCUCUUAAGAGCCAAAGGCGAAACCUUUCAAGAAGUUGUAGGACUGGCAAGAUCGAUGAUCAAAUGUUGUAGAAAGGUUGAAGGAUUAAAUGAUGCGGUUGACAUAGUUGGAACCGGAGGAGAUGGCGCCAACACGGUGAAUAUCUCAACUGGAGCAGCUAUCCUUGCUGCAGCUUGUGGUGCUAAAGUUGCUAAGCAAGGAAAUAGGUCAAGUUCUUCUGCUUGUGGAAGUGCUGAUGUUUUGGAAGCCCUUGGAGUGACCAUUGAGUUGAAGCCUGACGGGGUCAAGAAAUGCGUGGAAGAAGUUGGGAUAGGUUUCAUGAUGUCCCCAUACUACCAUCCAGCAAUGAAGAUUGUCACACCUGUGAGGAGGAAGCUUCGAGUGAAGACGAUAUUUAAUAUCCUAGGUCCUCUUCUGAACCCUGCUUGGGUACCUUUUGCUGUUGUUGGAGUUUACAAAGAAGAUAUUGUCAGCAAAAUGGCCAAAGCACUACAAAGUUAUGGCAUGAAGAGAGCGUUAGUUGUCCAUUCUGAAGGUUUAGAUGAAAUGAGUCCUCUUGGACCUGGAGUAGUCCUUGAUGUUACACCUGAAAAGAUAGAGAAAUUCUCUUUUGACCCACUCGAUUUUGGUAUACCUCGCUGCACAUUAGGGGACCUCCGUGGAGGAGGGCCACGGCAUAAUGCUGAGGUACUAAGGCGCGUGCUUUCAGGUGAAACGGGGCCAAUGGCAGAUGCAUUGAUACUCAAUGCCGCAGCAGCAUUAUUGGUCAGUCGACGAGUUGGUAACUUAGCUGAAGGAGUAGCAGUGGCCCGUAUCGCACAUCAAUCAGGAAAGGCUCUCGAUACUCUUAAUCAUUGGAUUGAUGUUUCAAGUAUCCAGGAGCCUCGGGUCACGCUAGCGAGUGCUGAUUGUCUUCCAACAGGCUUUUUCGGAGUUGACUAGGCAGCUGCUUGGUGUUCGCAGCCCAGUGAUUCUCCUUCCUAUAUUUAUUUCGCUUUGUACUAGCUUUGUAUCAGACUAUGUUGUCUUUUGAUAUUCCUAGACGAGUUGUAGAUGCUCAUGACUGGUGACACUCCGAUGUCGGGCUGUGUUUUGGUUUCCGCACUUUUUUAUCCUACUUUAUUCUAUGAGAUUUUAGCUUAUUAAUGUUUUUAAAUGACUUAUUAUACUUGCUUGGUUGGUAUUGGGGGUUUGUGUCGGCUGACCUAGUUUCACGAUAGGUG